UCGAGAUGGAUAGCAGUAGUGAGAUGUAAGGUUAUCGAAGGAAGCCAUUAUAAAUUUUCCAUGCAGGGUACUGCUAGAUACUUGGCCUCAAAGGUAUCCAUCGCCGCAUGCAGCAUGAUGCAAGUAGGAAAGUGCGCAAGAAGGAAAACCAUGAUGUGCGACCCUCCUUUCGAUAGGUACAGAGAUCUGUUCACUGGCUCUAUCCUGCAACGUUCACAACAUGAAGGACGCCAAGUUGUGGAAGAGCAUGAGCUCCCAAUGAUAGACUUGCGCAGCCUAAGGAGUGAGAACGAAGAAGAGCGGGUGUCUUGCGUCUCAGAAAUCGUGAGGGCCUCAUCGGACUGGGGCUUCUUCCAGGUCCUUAACCAUGGGGUUAGCAAUGAGCUAUUGGGUGAGAUGAGUAGGGAGCAGAAGCGGAUGUUCGAGUUGCCCUUCGAGAUGAAGGCCAGCGCCAAGCUCCUGAAUGGCUCAUACCGCUGGGGAACUCCGACCGCAAAAUCUCUUGAUCAGUUCUCGUGGUCAGAAGCCUUUCAUGUUCCUCUCGCUAAGAUCUCUGACCCAGAUUGCUGCAGCUCGGAGUUCGGUUCUCUGAGUGAUGCGAUGGAGAGGCUUGCAGGCACAAUGUCAGAGCUGGCUCGCAUGCUUGCAGGAGUUCUGGCCGAGAAUCUGGGGUCCCCUGGGGAUCAAUUCACCAAGAGCUGCAGCAAGAGCACAUGCUUCCUUCGGCUGAAUCGUUAUCCGCCAUGCCCAUUCUCACCAGAGACUUUUGGUCUGAUGCCUCACACCGAUAGCGACUUCCUCACCAUCCUUCAUCAGGAUCAAGUAGGUGGUUUGCAACUGAGGAAGGAUUCCAAGUGGAUCGCUGUCAAGCCUAACCCAGAUGCACUUAUAGUCAACAUUGGAGAUCUCUUUCAGGCAUGGAGCAAUGAUGUCUACAAGAGUGUGCAGCACAAGGUGAUGACCAAUACGAAGGUGGAGAGGUAUUCGGUAGCUUAUUUCCUUUGCCCAUCAAACGAGUCCACCAUAGGGAGUUGCAGGGAGCCUUCCAUCUACAAGAAGUUCACUUUCGGGGAGUUCAGGAGGCAGGUGGAAGAGGACGUGAAAAGAAGUGGAUAUAAGGUGGGGCUUCCAAGAUUUCUCCUCUAGCUAGCUUGUUUCUGUAACAAAAAAUAUAUAUAUGAUAUCACUAGCCUGCAACAUUUAAUAUGGAAAUACAAGAAAAAGAGGAUAUGUCCUGUUUUUAUCA